UUAUCUGGGAAGUUUCAGGUCUUCAGUUUAUUUCUAUGGUGAAACUUAUUCUAAUUUCCAAUCCAAGAUUCUGGAACGCAUCUCCCAUUAUGAAGUGGACCUCAGGGUGGGAGUGGAAACAGAACCUCUUGUUCACACUCCACACCCUCAUCUUCCAGCAGUGAGGGUAGACUAUUAAGGCUCUCAUGUCAUCAAGGAUCAAGGCAAUGGGAUAAGGGAGACUCUAGACAUUUGUUUCCUCACCAGUGAAAAUUAAAUGAAGACCCAGGAAUCACUACAGCUAUAGAGAUGAGAAGGACAUUUCAGCAGCUAGAGUGUGGUGGCAUUAUUUACUCAGGAGAAGAAAGUAUAGGAAACUAAAGAAAAUACUGAAGAUAAUCUCAAAAGGUGACAAUCUUUUUCAAUCUCAUCUACACUUCAAUUUUGGAAUAGUCUAUAAUAUUUGAGAAUUAACAGAAAUAUUGCAAGAUAAAAGCUAGUAGCUGUUAUGUAAAAGUAUCCAUUUUCCAUGGAUUCUAGCUAAAAGACGAACAGUUACUAAAUCAUCCCCACAAGCCAACUGCUUUGAAAAAGACCUCUACUACAACACAAGAUGGUGCAUUAGCAUAUUAUGGGCAACACUUUGUGCCAUUAGACUACUUCUACCAACUGUCUUCAGCCAAUGCAUUAACACAUCAACAUACAGGUGAAGAACUAAAUCAGUUCAAUAACCAACCUAUGGCCAAAGUGCAAUCCCAUAGCAAUCACUUUGCAGCACCUCCAUUAGGCUCCAAUAGGAAGGUCCAGAGAUGCUCAGUAUUGCCUUCUCCCAAAUCUCAUGACAAAAUUUCACAGAGCUUCUGUGAUAGGAUUCUGAAUUCACCAGUGUUCCAUGCCAAGCAUCCGAAUAUACCUUCAAUAGGCCUCCACUGGAGAAGUUCAUUGGGGCCUGCUCAAAGAGCCCUGAACUCUCAUUUGUUGCACUCCAAAGCUCAAACAACAUCUUCAUCUGACCUCAACAUGACAUCAUCACUGGAGCUCAAUCAAACAGCCCUGAGUUCACAAUUACCCUUCUGUAAACCUCAAACAACGUCUUCAAGCCUAGAUGUUUGCUGGAGAUCACCUUCAUUGAAGUCUCAUCAAAGAGUCUCAAGUUCAUCAUUAUUUCGCCUCCAAAAUCAAGAAAUACCUUCCAUAAACAUCAUUUGGGCAUCAUCUUCCUUGGGACCCAAACGAAAAGCCCUUAGCUCGACAUUGCUUCAAUCCAAACCUCAGAAACCAUCCUCAUCGGACUACCUUUGGACAUCUUCAUUGCAGCGCAAUCAAAGAUCUUUGAGAUCACCAUCACUCAACACAAAACUUCAAACAAGUGACUUAUCUUGGACAUCACCUUCUUUCAAACCUAAUCAAAUGGCUUUUACCUCUCCAUUACUUGACUCUAGGCUUCAGAAAACACCUAUAUUGAACUCUAACCCCACUAUUGGAAGUUUACCAGUGACCCAUUCAAAAGCAAGGCAAUCAGCAUCAUCAUAUUUUGUCCACCCAUCUGAGAAUUUACCAUCAUUUCAGCUCAAUUCUCAGUCAAUGUUUAUGCUUGAUUGUAACUUCCAGACCACGAAUUCACCUGUCUGUCACUCCAAGUUUCAGAAUACCACUUCACCAAAUGACAAACACAGAGUCACACAUCUACCAUCACCCCAUCCAAAAACAAAUGUCUCAGGUCAAUUAUUAUCAAGCUCCAAACACUGCACCAGGAACACAGCUGCUUCAACAUUAGGUUUCAGACUCCAGAGUAAAAGCAGCUUUGAGUUUUCUCCAAAGACAGAAUCAAAUAAGGAAAUUCCAUGGACUUUAAAGUAUAGUCAGCCCUGCAUUGUUAAAGGUGGAACCGUCCCUGAUGAUGUCGUAAAUAAAAUUGUCAAUUCUAUCUCGAAUACCAGAAUACAGAGGGAUCUCUGUAGGCAGAUUUUGUUUAGAAGGAUGAGGGGAAGGCCAAAUCCUCGCCCUGGUCCUCGCUUGUCAUCAAAUUAUGUGGUUUGCUUAGCUUGUGCUUCCUGCAUAAAAUCUCCAUGUAACCAUCUUAAAGGAAAGAAAAAUCCUCGUUGUGCAACACUUUCUGUCAUACCAACACCUGAGGCCAAUUCUGAGGGCAAAAUAGAAGUGAAGUUAGUUCUUAUCCUUUCUCUACCAGAGACUUUCUCAUCUUGUCUCCCAUUCCCUAUGAAAGAAAAGCAACCUAAUGAAGCUCCUGAAGACAAUCUUGGAGGAGUAGAGAAGAUACAACAGUUUUUCCCCACAUCUGAACGGGAUAUCCAGGGACUUAAUAUGAAGCAAAUAUGGUGGGCGGUAGCCCCUGAAAACAAAGUUAUAGGCCAACAGCCCCAGGCUAUUGACUUUUAUGUUAAAAAAAAAAAUUCUCAGCCACAAUCCCUGCUCCCACCCUCCUCCUCCUCCACUUCCUCCUCCUCCACCACCUCCUCCUCCUCCUCUGUUGCCUCUGCCUCUUCUGACUCCUCUUCUUCAUCUUCUUCCACCUCUUCCUUUUCCAUCUCACCCUCUUCUCCCUCUCCUUCCAAAGAGUUUAUGACCCUCACUCUCUCACGUCCUGUAUUCCCUAAGGUACUUAGUUACCAUCGGUUGCCUGCAGGGGUCUCCUGGCUUGAGUUUAUAUGUAGUAAAGAUUACCAGCUGCAUCCCAGAAAAUCAAAUCGAAGCCAAUCAUCAUCUCUCAAAACAAAGCCUGUGAGGAACAACAAUACAGUAAAAUGGAGAAAGGGAGCAAACACAGUGUUCAAAUUUUUCCGGACCAAAUGAGAAAUUGUGAUUAAAUUAACGUUUAGUCUGUUUGAAGGCAUUGAUCUCUUAGUUCUUUGAGACUAGUGUUUGAUUUCCAGGGAACUAUUAUCCUAUGGUCUAUUUUCUGGUUAAAUAAUGGACUAUGAUCUUCUAGAAGCCCAAAACUGAAUCCUAUGUUUUUGACUGAAUGUCUGGCUUAUAGUAGCCACUUUGUAAUUAUUGUUGAAUGAGUUUAACAUAGUUGGCCAUAGACCAGAAAUACUUCAUCUGUCUUACCCUAAAUGUAACUAGCUCAUUAAUAUUCCCUUUCCUCAGAAGCCAAUCUAUGCUAAUCUGUUUCCCUAUGUUUAAUGAAAAGUCAGAUCAUGUUCAAUGGAUAAGAAAAUCUAUAAAGAGAAAUCCUUUCAAUUAUUUGUUUGUAUGGAAAAUUCUUCUAUGUCAAUAGCCUACACUCCAAAGUCCAAUGAUUUAUUCAACUUUAGUUAAUAAAUAUGAAGAAAGAAUAAUUACUGUUACAAAUAAUCCUACUUAAUGCUGACUGUGUUGAUAUUUUAAUUAUGGACUCUUAAGUCACCUGUUCAUCAUGGCUAUCUAUACAAACAAAAUGAGUUAAUAAAAAAUGUUUUAAAAAUG